GAGGCGGGGAUGAGCAGUGAUGCUAUCGACCACCGAUGUGCUUUCAGUAUCAGGAACCUGGUCAUUACGCGAAUCAAUGCCCGUAUCGGGGGAGACAACACUACUCUGAUAGGCCAUCCACAUCUUCUGACUCACGCAGGACAAGGUCGCCAAGAAGAUAUGCCUCGCGUAGGCGCGAUGAUUCCUCGGGCAGAGAUGAGGAUGUCAGAUCGGCAGUUUCGACGCUGAGCAAGUCUGUGGCAGCGAUGAAGGAGUUUUAUGAGGAAAAGACUCGUCGUAAGCUGGAGACGAAGGAGGCCGAGGAGAAGGAAAAAACGGAGAGGGAGAACGAGGAUGAGAGGAAGGCACGGAAGGAAGCCAAAGCUAAGAAGAAGGUUGAACUUGCUAAGUGUGCAGCAGAUUUGGAAAAGGAAGAGCGAGCAAAGAUGAAGAAGGAUCUUCAUAUUCAUGUGGCAGCUCGGAUGAAUGAAAGUGAGAAGAAUGUUUUGGGGAAAGGGAAGCAGAAAGUGACCAACGUAUCUGAUGAGGAUUCAGCCUACGAUGGCAUUGAGGAGGGAAGUGACACCAGCGUCACACAGGAGCUGAACACUCAGGCGCAGCGCCUAUGUAUUUCGGACAAACGGAAGAAGGGACCAGAGCCAGUCUUUGAGGAAAGCUCGCCCAUGGAUAACCCCCCAAAAAGGACUCCUAAGCGUGGCAUACUGAAGCCUGGUAAGCUGUCAACUCGUCUUAUAUGAUCCCAACACAAGAAGUAGAUUCCAACGAAGUCACGUGGAUGGAGGACGCCUGGAAGGAAGUCACCGGUGACGAUGCCGACUUUCAAGA